AUGCUCCCUGCGCAGGCAAAGGAAUACCUCGAGGAGCUUGCUUCCAGGAUGCUGCUACCGCCUCAGGAGGCAGCACUAAUACGAGAACUUGAUGGGCUUCCUGGUUGUCACACCGACCCUCUGCUGCUGCCGCGGCCGCGGAGCUAUGGGAAGUUCGCGCGGCGAGCGCUUUCGAUAGGCCUAGUCACUCUGCCACAGAGGCCUAAGAGCGUGCUUGGAUUAUUUGUUGUGAAGAAGAAGGAUGGGGCUCGUCUUCGCCUCAUCGUCGACUGCAGGCGGAGCAACGCCUUGUUCCGCCCUCCUCCCGGGGUCGACUUGCUGUCGGGCGAGGGGCUCGGCCGCGUAGAGAUGCCCAUCAUGGGGGCCUCCGACUUUGCCGGGCUCUGUGCGGUGCUUGGCGUGGGCGACGCGGCCGACUGUUUCCACGGGAUGAAGCUGCAGGGCGACAUCAGGCACUACUUCAGCUGGCCGCCACUGGAUGCUGCUCUGACUGGAGAGACAUUGGUCGAAAGACGCCCUGUGCACGCCGGCGAGCAGGUUUGGCCGAUGAGCCAGAGCCUGCCAAUGGGCUUUUCGUGGUCCCUGUACUUCGCCCAGGCCGCCAACCAGCGCAGGCUCGACCGACAGCCGUCGUUGGCGGGCAGCCUGCGUUUGAGCGAUCGCGGGCCGCCGCUUGUCCUUGGACGAGGUACCGUGGGGUCGGAAUUGGGCCACUACAUGUACGUCGACAAUGCUGGCGUGAUCGGGUUCGACGCAGCGCGUGUGACAUGCGCGCUGCAGGAGGCCCAGCGCGACUUCGAUGGCGAUCAUCUGAAGUUCCACGAGGUGGAGGUGAUGCCUGAGGGAGGUCGCACCCUGGGCUGCUAUCUCGACGGCAGGCACCGAGCGACCCGCCCUACUGACGAGAGGUUCGCCAUGGUGCGGAAGGGGGUGAGGUGCUUGCUGAGGAGACGCAAGGUUGCCGGCUGGCAGCUGGAGAUGGUGCUGGGCCACAUGACCUUCAUGGCCCUGGUUCGCCGCGAAGUGUUGUCCAUCUUCCACUCGGUCUACGCCUUUGUGGCGCAGAGCUACCAUGCCUUCUCCGAGCUGUGGCCCACCGUGCGCGAGGAGUUGAACUGCUACCUGGGCAUCAUGGUGAUGCUGGAGUCGAGUUGGACCAGGCCGUGGAUGCCAGUGGUCUACCCCUCCGACGCCAGCCUGCACGGCUACGGGGUGGCGGAGGCCUGCUCCGGGACCGAGACGGUGGCGGAGAUCGGCCGCGUAUCGGAGCUGGCGCGGUGGCGGCUGGGAGCUGGGCUAGCGAGACAGCAUGCCUUCGAGUGCGCUGGCUUCCUCUUGGACAGCGAGACCGGCGAGGUCGUCCGAGAUGAGGCGGGGGCUCCGAAGCGGCUGGACGCCGAGCUCCAGCGCGUGCUGGCCAGCGAGCGCUGGGAGCUGGACCCGAGCUUCCCCGAGGUGCCCAGCUGGCUCCUGAAUGACUCGCAUUGGGCCACGGUCAUGGCCGACCGUUGGGCCUUCGCCGAUGAUAUCCUUAGACUUGAGGCACGAGCGCUGGUGAAGGCAGGCCGCAGGCGCACGCGGGCGCUGAGCAGCCCUGGUCGCCCGCUGGAUUCAGGAGGGCCGCCGCCAGCGCAGAGGUCUCGCACGCUGGACCAGAGACGCGGGCUGGCCGCGAGGCUGGUGCUGGAGGGCGCCGCCCGACCGCCGCAGCAGAGCUCUGUGGAAGCUUGCUUGCAGCUGAGCCCCGGCGGGCCGCACCUGGCCGACCAGGCCGUCGCCGGCCACGGGGUUGCCGAGGUCGCGGCGGAGAGCGAGAGCAUCGAGAGCAGCGACGUCGAGGAGCCGCCGGCUGCCGCGCGCUCCCGCAGGCGUCUGGAGACGUGCGGGAAGGCUCGGGUCAGGAAGGCGAUCGAGGUGCUGGAGAUCACAGAGACGGGCAAGGACGACGUGAAGCUGGGCAUCAGCUACCUCGAGAAGAGGUCGGUGGGCGCAGGCACCUUGGAGACCUACCGCCAGCGCGCGCUCGCAUUCUGCGUCUGGGCCCGCUGCUGCCUCACAGCCCUGCCCGAGCUCAAGGAGCUGGGCGGCCAGCUGGUCGAAUAUAUGAACGAGGAGUUUCUGAAGGGCGUCAAGGCCUGGCGGGGCGAGAAGCUGCUCGCUGGGCUGAUGUUCUUCCACCCGGACUUCGGCCGCCUGGGCGGUUUGCAUCUCCCGAGGUCCUUGCGCUGCCUGAAAGGGUGGAAGAAGCUUUCACCAUCUCGAUCUCGGAAGCCCUUGGUGUUCGCGAUCUGGGCGGCGUUGGCAGUGGAGCUCUGCCGCCUGGGGGCGCCUCUGGUAGGCGCAAUGGUGCUAAUCAUGAUGGAGUGCUACCUUCGGCCGGGAGAGAUGCUGAGCCUCACGAGCGAUUCAUUUCUGGCACCGACGGAGCAUGCAGUACAGAACUGGGUCGCAUGGCUGUUUCCAGAGGCUGGGGUGGCUCGGAGCAAGGUGGGGUCAGCAGACGAUACCAUCCCUUGCGACUCAGGACGGUGCCCGUGGAUGUGUCACAUCUUCAAAGCUCUGAAGGACCGCCAGUCAUCCCGGCCCCUCCUGGAUUUGAGCUACCCGCAGUUCCUGUGCCUCUUCCGGAGAGCAGCCACGAACAUCGGAGUCGACGUCGUCCCAUACCAAGGAGAAUUGGUAGACUGCGCCCUGUGCAAAAAGUACAUCCACGGCGGUUGCGCGCGCUCGGCCACGGUGGCCAAAGACGCCGUGGAGCAGCGGAUCAUGGCGCACGACAUGGCCGAGCCCAUUCGCGGGGCGGGCGCCUUCGCUGGCGCCCUCGCCGAGAUGGCCUCGGACGGCCGUCGGCCCGCCUUCGCCUCGCGCCUCGAGGCGCUCAGGGCCGCCACUUUCGACGAGGAGUGGAGCCUCGCGCCAGGGGCCCAGCGCGCCGCGCUCAAGACGCCCAGCCUGACUGGGCACGCGCUGCCUAUCGUGGGCGCCAGCGCCGACCCUGGCCAGGGGGUCUGGGCAUGUCAGUGCCCGUGGGCCGCCGCGGCCGGCAGCGCUGCGGCGCACCAGCCCCUGCAGAGCCGGCGGCUGCGGGGUACCUUCGGCGCCGUGGUGGAGCGCCUGCGGCCGGAGCACCUGGCGGACCCCGCUGUCUCAGGGGCACUGGUGGAGCUCUGGACGGACGCGGGGGGUUUGCUGGUUCUGAGGGGGCUGGCGGGCCUGACGCCGCUGCAGCUCUGCGACUUCAGCGGGUGCUUCGGCCGCCUGCACACGGGCACGGAGGUGGACAGCGCGUACUACUUCGAGGGCCUCCCUGUCUUGCGCAUGGGCAACGCGAGGGACGACGCCGGCCGGCUGGCCUGCUACCUCGCGAACCGAAGCCCAAUCCCAGACGGCAAAAGCCUGCAGUACGACCCCCGCACCGACUGCCCAACUGGCACACGGACAGCGUCUUCUGGGAGCAGCCGCCGAUCGGCAGCCUGUUCUUCUGCCAGCAGGCGCCCGCCGAGGGCGGCGAGACGCUCUUCGCGGACACGACGGGGGCGUAUGCGGCCCUGCCCCGGGAGCUCCAGGCGGAGCUGGAGCGCUGUGAGGUUGUCUGUUCGCUGGCGCACCAGUGGGCCAAGAAGAACAAGUCCUCGGCGCACCAAUCGCUCGCGAAAAAGUCCCCCCAGGAGCUGCGAGCGGCACGCGCGCGCAGCAGGGCGCGGCGCUGGCCGUUGGCGCUGCGGCACCCAGAGACCGGGAAGGUGGCGAUUUACGGCAUGA